AUGGGUAAUUUGGGUCUCGCGGGGUCACAACAUUACGUUAUGUAUGCUUGGAAGGGAAGCAGUCAUUGUAUUGGUACUGUUGUUGCUGAUGUUGAUGAUAGUGAAAGUGAUGGUGCUGAUUGUGAUGAAGUUUUAAACUGUUGGGCGGAGUUUGUUGAUGGAUUCACUGGGGACAGUUCAGCAAGAAUGUUCAAACUUUAUUCAUUCGCACACUUCAAUGAGCAGGUGGAGCAGUUAAAAUUUUUCUUCUACAAAUAG